UCCCUGCAGUGCAUCACUUACAAAAGACGAUUUGCGCAUAAGAAAGGAAGCAGUGGUGGGAUACGAUGAGCUAUUUCCAAAGCAAUAAUUUAAUAUACGCUCUAUGUAUGCUAAGCAAAUAGCACCAAGUUUUUGCUCUUACAGGUAUGCAUAAUUCUAUAAAACGACUGUUCAACAUUUGUCUUCGCUUACUAUUGCCAUAGCGAAUGCACUGAUAACGACUUCGCUAGCGCAUUGCUGUCUCAGUAGCUCGUGUUGAUCAAUCUACUGAAUGUUUUAAAGCAGUUUCGUGGGUGAACUUUGAGUUUUACAACUGGUUAACGUGCGGUGCCUAUGUGUGUGGUGGUGAUUUGAAUAAAGAUUUUCAGUGAUUGGCCGUAGAUAAUACGUGGAUAUUUGAUGACAGAAUGAGCAUCGAAACAGAUUCAUUCUUUGAUUGGGCCAACAAAAAUGGUGCUUCUAUAUGGAAGGCCAUCGCACAUAAUUUCAGUAAUCCAGAUGUGUUCGGUCCCAAUGGACCUGUGCCACAGACACGGGCGUACAGUACCGUUCAGGAAAAUCGAAUCGAUCUACUUCUCUCCCCCCUUCAGCUUGGCUUCAUAUCUGGAUUGAUUUUGUUUAUGUUUCUAAGGCAUAAAAUAGGCCGUUGGAGAGAAGAGUAUAAUCAUUUGAAAUUUAGUAGUGCAACCACGAAUAUUCGCCGAAUAGUUUAUACUUUGCUCACGUUCCUGGAGUUCUUGUUGUUAUCUCCAGUUUUACUUGUCGUAGUACUGUUUUUUAAAUCAUAUCGCAAUGGAGUAGGGUUUGUGCUUCGACAGCGACAUGGUAAACAUUUCAAGGGUUUACUCGAUGGAGCAGACGUUGUAUGGGCAAUAGAAGAUCAAAACUCUCGUGGAAUGAUUAAUAUACUGGCAUACGUUGAACAACCGCUCCUGGAUCGUGACACUGCAAUUAGUGCGGACAUUUUACUUACUCUACGUAAACGCAUUUCUUCACGGCUUAUGCGACAAUAUCCGCCUCAUCCAAAAAUGUUCUGGAAACGAUGUGUGGAACUGGGCUACUAUUUUUGGACCGACCAAUCUCAGCUCAGCAUCGAAGAUUAUAUACGAUAUCUGGAUCUUAUCCCGUUGAAUGGCGAUAAAUCUUAUUUAAAGGAAUCACAAUUAAGGACACUUCUAAGCACUAUCAACAAUCGCAACCUACCGGCUAACCACUCUUCCUCCUGGGAAGUGCUCGUUGGACGACAGCCACAACUGAAUAAGUGUAAUCAAAUGCUCCAAUAUCCCAUCAUUUUCCGUGUUCAUCAUUCGUUGGGCGAUGGUGUAGCACUAAUGCGUUUACUCUUGGAGUCUAUUGCCGAUAAGGAAGUGCCGACGCGCUGGAAACAUUUAUCUAAACUAAAGUUGCUCAACAUCAACUAUAUUCUCAAACGAACAACGAGUGUUUAUAGAAUAUUCCGUCCAAAAAUGUACUUGACUGGAUUGGUCAAAAGAUUUCCAUCCCUAUCCGAUAUGUUUAAUCAAAUGCAGCGUUUGAAACGUAUCAUAUUAACCAUUUAUACUGCACCAGCCUUUUUUGUCGACGUUUCAAGACGACAAGCAGACAAUAAUUGCAUUCAUUCGUCAAAAAUGGUAGAUGAAAAAGUAGUCAGCUGGAUACAUGAACAAAACAUUCAGACUAACAACGAGACAGCGAUGGUUGAUAUUAUAAAGCGCACCAAACGGCUUUUACCUGGUACAAGAUUCUCCGACGUAUUUCUGACGGCCUUGUCUGCUAGUCUGGAGCAGUACUUCAGCACACGAAAUGAACAUCCUCCCAAAAGCAUCACAGUAGUUUUACCUGCAAGAAUUGAACAAGAACCUACUCAAUUGAAAUUGCAAAAUCGUUUCUCAGUAGCCUUGCAAACACUACCUAUCGAAUGUGGUAUCGAUUUACAAGAUGCAUUUCGGCACAGAAAUCUCCGCAACCGAAUACUUGCCGUAAAGCGAUAUUCAGACAUUUUGCGAUCGUCGUCCGACUAUAUGAUAAAUUACUGGAUUAUUUCAAAAAUGACGUGCCUCUUCCCUGAAGCCAUACUGCGGAAGAUUCUUAAAAGCGCACACAGUACACUGGCAAUCUCUAACCUACCAGGACCACAGCAGCUACCACGGAUAAACGGACGAGAAUUGAAAAACCUGAGUUUCUUCAUCCCAAAUUUGGGCACCACAGCCGUUGGGAUAACACUUCUUACUUAUGGGGGUAAAAUGCAGUUAGGCAUAUUGGCUGAUCGGGCCGUUAUACGAACUGAACACGAGGCACACAGUAUUCUGCAAGGUACGAUAAAUGAACUGAAAAAGAUGGGUGAUUUACUAGCAGGAAUGUAAUUGUACAAUGAUAUUACAGUUUGCU